UCUCCCCCCUCCCCGCUUCUCCUGUGACGCAAGACAAUGCUCCACCUCUUCCGCACCGGCAGUUCUCUUCUACGAUCGCGCGUGGUCGCGUGCGUCACCUCUCGGACGAGGCGCGGCUGGAGCCUUCUGGAUCCGCCCGGGACUGCUGCGCUUUUAGUCGUGGGGACCGGCGGCGCGCGCUCCUUGGGACCAAGCUGCCUCUGCCUUCCGUCCCGCGGCUGCCUUCGCGCCCUCGUAAGCUCCGUCGCCAUGAAGAGCCUGCCGUGCUUCUGCCGCGGGGAGGUGGUGCGAGGCUUCGGGCGGGGCUCCAAGGAGCUGGGCAUCCGCACAGCUAAUUUUUCCGAAGAAGUGGUUGAUAGUUUCCCAUCUGAUAUCUGUACUGGCAUAUACUAUGGAUGGGGUUGUGUUGGAAAUGGAGAUGUGCAUAAAGUGGUUUUGAGUAUAGGUUGGAAUCCGUAUUACAAGAAUGUUAAGAAAUCAGUGGAAACACACAUCAUUCACACCUUCAAGAAAGACUUUUAUGGAGAAAUACUCAGCAUAAUCAUUGUUGGUUAUAUAAGACCAGAGCAGAACUUUAAUUCUUUAGAUGCACUUAUAGCUGCUAUUCAACAUGACAUUGAAGAAGCUAAAAGUCUACUAGAUUUGCCAGAACACCAGAAGUUUAAAGAUGACAACUUCUUUCACAGAGGAAAUGUUAGCAGUAUGACUAAUGGUCAUUAAAUAAUUCCCUUUCUUUAUUUUCACUGCAGUUAUUUAAACUGAACUGAUCUUCACAUGUUUCUUUUUAAUAGAGAAGGCUGCUCUUCUCUUUAGGAUUGUUACUCUGCUCUGCUCUUUAGGAUUGUUAUUUUAGCAUUACACUAAAAUGGUUAGUGAUUCUCUAAAAGUAACACUGUUUUUGUUUUUUCAAAAAAUGGCCAUGUAACUUGACCAAUAGAAAGUGCAAUCUGUUAUGUGUUGUUGUUCGUGCAGACAAAAGGGCAGACAAAAGUUUGUUCUCUAAAUGUUUCUACAUAUUUCUAAUGAUUGCUAUUUAUUUAAUAACGCCCAUGCUGUAUGUUUUUGUUGUGAAAGAUUUCCAAUGGAAAAGUAGAAAUAUUAUCAGUAAUUUUACUGCCUGAAUAGUUGUCCUAGACCUAAAGGCUUUUAAUUGUUCAUUUGAAACAUUAGCUGGAUUCAUUUGAAGUCCUUUUUAAUCCCUUUAAAAUAGGAUUUAAGCCCUCUGUGACUGCAUUACGCUGUUAAUUUCAGUGAGAGUAAAAGCGUAACUUAAUUUCUCCUACCUUCAACUGAGAAUUCCUAGAUACUUAUAGAGCUUAUCUAUUUUACUGUUUUAUAGUGAAUGGAAAGCCUUCAUCUUAAGAGAGGCAUCUGAACCUGGAACAAACCUUUAUUUUCACAAAAGUUCCUUUACUUUUGAUGCAACUUCGCUGUUACAAACCAGCCUUUCAUUUGAUUAAAUGCUCCUUUAAUUUGCUUGGAAGAAAAUGUGACGGACUGGGGUCUUUGUGUAUAUCUACAGGUAGCCUAGACUUGCAAGUCCCGAUUGGGGACCAGAAUCUCAAUCCUUGAGCAGAGCAGUUGUCAAGGGAGAAUGUCAUGUGACUACUUGGCCAGUGUAAUUGUAGCAUGCUCAGUUGUGGUAAUGAAGCAGUCUCAUGGGUUGCUAGGUGGACUGAGUCACAAGGAACCUGGAGGUGCCUCAGGGUAACGGAGGCCCUAAGAGGCUUUGAACAGGCUGUGGGUGACUUGGGAGAUGCUGCAGGGCAAUGCGAGGCCAGGGAAAGAAGCUGUGGCCACCCCCUUGGAAGCAACAGUUGCCCCACAGAAAGUAUCAAACACCUGGGAAGUUCCAAGAGCACAGCACAAAAGAGCCACUCCUCAUACACAAAGGGCCAGUUAGAGGGCAAUAGACUGGUAGUUGGGUUUGCAUUCCCCGUGCAGUCAUAAGUAGGGAUAAGCUGCCAGUCCACAAGGCCAGUGCAAUACCUGUAACAUCAGGCACGGGUCACAAGUCCCUUUGUUCAGUGCUCUUGUAAUUUCGAACGGUUGCUGAACAAAUGAUUGUAAGUCUAGGACGACCUGUACGCUUGUGUUGUGUGUCCAUGUGUACACAUACGUAUGUGCAAUCAAUUCUUGUUCUUCACAAUAGUUACAUUCUAUAAGGUAAUGAAUUCUGAUUUACUAAAUACUGAACCAUUGCUCCUAGGGGGAAUAUACAACGCACUUUUAUAGUAUGGGAGCUGAAAUAAAAAGGCAGAGUAUCCACUUUAUCAGCCUCAAUGGGAACAUGUUUGUCAGGUGACUUAUAUUUUUCACUGCUCUGAGCCUGUCCCCAAAUGACUGCAAAACUGCCAUGUGUAUUUGGCAUUAUAAAUAUAUUUCAGUGAGUAGAUGAAAUUGUAAAUAUGAAAUCUGCAAAUAAUGAGGAUAAACUAUGUAUGUAUAUAUAUUUGUGUCUGUAUACAUGGUUUACCAGCUGCUAUAAAGUGUAUGUGUAACUUGCAAUCCUAGCAUGUUCCUGUAGUUCCAGUUUUCAUGGCUUCUCUGUCAAUAUAGCUGGGGGGACUUGCUUGUCCCAGGAUAUUUAUGUGCUUGGAAAAACAAAACAAAACACCAGAAGCUUAUUACCAAAUUAUGUUUUUUUUUCUGCUUACAUUUUUCAUUUUGAUACAUGUUUUUACGCAAAAUGCAACAAAAAUUCUUUUAAUUAAAACUUAAUUGGAUUGGUAACUGUGCUUACUGGAAAAUGGGAUGUGCAUCGAAUCGAAAUGUCUAGUCUGGAAAUGUGUACACUAUGUGUAUGGAGAAUGAAGGUGACAGUGGAAAAUUCAGUUGAUUGCACUUUGAUAAUUUUACAAAUGUAUAAUGGGUACAAGCUUCUAGGGCAGUGAUGGUGAACCUUUUAGGGACCGAGUGUCCAAAGUGCAACCCAAAACCCACUUAUUUAUCGCAAAGUGCCAGGGUUGCAUCAGUAUUGUGUCCUGGGGGGCGUGGCCCACUGGGUGGGCGUGGCUGCAGUGGUCACGGCAGACUGGGUGAGCGGGGCCAGGGCGGCGGGGGCCAGUUCCUCACCAUCUCCAGGGCAUCCCUGGGAGCCAAUGCCACUUGCUCACUUCCUGCCCUGUCGCUUCCAAACACCACGUGCUCGCUACUCUGACGAACUCUGCUGGGGCAACGGCACGCAUGCCCACAGAGAGGGGUCUGAGUGCUGCCUCUGGCAUGCGUGCCAUAGGUUCACCACCACUGUUCUAGGGAUUGUGUAGUGUAAAAUAUUUCAGUCUUAUUUAUCUGUAGGAAAAAGCUCAUUGCAUAUAUGUCAAAUGCAUAAGGAGAAAGACCACCCCAAAUUUAUGUUCACUGCAUGAACAUCAUGAAUUGGAAGUCUUAUGUCCUUCAUUUAAGAUGGUGCCCCAGGAAUCCUGAAUUCUGUUUUUCAUGGUUCAAAUUUUUAUUAUUUCAUAUUUCAUGUUACCAUUAAAUUUUAAAAGCUUGGGUUCUCCUUAUUUUUAUCUUGGUAACGUGCUCAUGUUCUCUUUCUCUUUACCCACUCUGCAUAUGCAAUUCUAGCAGCACCAAGGCCUUAAAGAUAGUCCUCAAUUUACGACCAUUUGUUUAGCAAUUGUUUGAGAUUACAAUGGUGCUGGAAAAAAAA